UAUGACUAACCACAUGCGAAACAUCUGUACUCAAAACUGAAUUUCACUUGACAUUAGGAAAUUAAUCGUUAAGAACCAACUGGUUUAGGUGGACCUCUCAAUGAACUAUAUGGUCUUGAUUCCAGAGGUGCCCUUGUUGAGUGUCGAUCGGUUGUUUGUACGGAGAGGCUGGUCCUGGGACACUGCCUUGUCCUUCCAGUUCUGGUCGUUAGGACAGGUGUGGCCUUAUGAAGAGAGGAAUGAGUUCGGUUUUGUUCAAGGUCUUUUGAGCAUGAUGUGUGUUCUUUGUUCACGUGAAUUUAAGUCUAAUACUACAGGAAGAUCAGCUAAGAUUCGGCAUGUGAACGAGCUGUCCAGACAAGAAGUGGAUGAGAUCACCAAACAUGUUUUUCGGCAAGACACUGUAUAACCUUCUGAUGGUAUACAAAUAAGGAGAUACAUCGUAGUGGUGGGGAUGUGCCAAUUGGCUGGAAACAGAGAUCAGUCUAUCAGAUUGUUACUUCUACUCGAGAACAAGUGCUAAACGUCAUUCACGUUCAUUUACAAGACAGGUAGACAUGCCCUCUGUCUGACACCUACCCCCAUGUUCGACCUAGGCAAAUCCAGAGAGUACAGACCAUCCCUAGUUCUGAAUGAGACCUGAUUGGUUCACAGCCCAGCCGACGGUAUACUGUAUCGUAGUGCAGUCCUUAAAUUAAUGACCGGAGGAUGAGUGAUGUUGUCAGGCAUUGUGACGAUUGCUUGUAACGCAUUCGCCUCAUUCUCCUUUGGUGUACCUGUGCUAAUGUUGUUCUCUCUUAUUCGAUUUCUUCUCCUGGAUUUGGGUGGGGAAUAAUAGUUGCAAUGUUACCAUUUCCGUCAAUAAAACUAAUACUAG